AAAUAUCAGUAUUAAAUAUGUAACAACGAUUGCAGUAUCGAAUGUUAAAAGGGAGGACCGGGAUGAGCCGGGAAUCUAUAAUGCUAUGGGCAUGACGCAGCAAUGGACGCAUGAGAGGAGCGUUUGUAUAUCGCACACACUAUGGAUAAAAGCUGUGAAAACAUUCGAGAGGUUCUUCUCGACAUACAGCGACAGGAACAUGAAGCCCUUGAUGAUUUUAACCGGCAGUAUACCACCCUGGUAUCGCAGUUCAAUGAUACUAUCAACGAACUUGCAGAUAAACGGCGGAAAAUGCUUAUGGAUCCCACUGCGCUACAGGCAACCCUUAAAGCUACUUUAACUGAUGUAGAACGGUGCUUUAGUGAAAUGUCAUUAAGGGAAAUAUCAGGAGCAUGUCGACCUGUAGAUGAACGAUACCAAUCUCAUGGUACCAUAGCUUGGCCCAGAUUUUGGCUGUAUGCACUCCUAGGUUGCAAAAUAACACGAAAGCGUAUAUCUAGUUUUGAUAGGCAUAUUCUAGUGUAUCUGCGUGAUAUAAGAUGCCAUAUUAUAGCUGAUGAAGCAGCAUCGGAUGCAUUCGAGAUUGAGAUGGAAUUCGCCGAAAAUCCAUUUUUCUGUAAUACUUCACUUAAACGUCGCUUUUUAUUAGAUAAGGAAGGUGCCGAACCGUACGCAACACCUAUAGACUGGAAGAGUUCUGCAGAAGAGCUUGCUGAGGAACUUCCUUCAUGCGAUUCAGACUUUGAAUAUGACGAUUACAAUGAUAGUUCCACGGCGUAUGUUAGCAUGUUAGACUUCUUCCAGCCAUUCAAGGAUAAUGUUGAUGAUAUUAACAUGGGACUGGCUAUAAAGGAGAAAAUUUCACGUGACCCUCUGAAGUAUGUGUUGAUAUAUGAGAGCCUGAGGAAGGGUGAGCCAGUUGAAGAAAGCGAUGAUGAGGAAGAAAGUGGAACCUCGAAUGAGCCCGGUGGCAGAUACCCAUUUUCAUGGCUAUUUUAAUAUAAUGUAACUAUCAACCUAGUUAUUGUAAAAGCGCCAUACACGUAGGUAUCCAUCCUUCCCUCCUGUGACUAAUAAGCUGCCUUGUUGGCGCAAAGAAUCGCGAACAUCCUUUUCCAAGUCACGUACAAGGCGCCCAUUUUUUAGAAGCGAUGGGUUGGAGAAACUAACCGUUGUCAAGGGUCCAGAGUGUGCUUUCGGGACCUUAAUGAGGGACUUGGGGUCUGAUAUGGACCAGCAGCACAGUGUACCAUCACUGCUUCCACAUAAAACAAACUCUUCACAUGGAUCCAAUGUGCAGUGUAUGCGAUAGCUUUCACACGUGUGUCCCUGGUAUGUGGUUAAAAUAUCACCACGCUCUACCAGUGCGAUUGUGUUAUUCAAUAUCGACGCUACGUAGCAGUCGUCGAUAGCCGUGGAUACAUAAGUGCUGGAUAGCAAUGGCAAGGUACACUCAUAACCUACUUGACGACUGGCUUCUCGAGGUAAUCGGUCUUCAACAAACCUUUACGCAAAUCAUAUGAGCGUA